AUGCAGAAGCCCGGCCUCUUCUCCAAACAAGAUGUGACCCCGCAAUGUGGUUUUCCAGGGUGCAUCCCUCUUAGUGCAAAGUCGGAAACAGGGAGGCUGGACGACUGGGAGAAAAAUGAAAGGCGAGGCCCCGAGUGGGUGGGGCCGGAUGUGCAGGCCCCGCCCGGCGCCAGGUUCCGGGCUCGAGUCACGGUAGCACGUCCAGGCCGCUGCGGGUCCCACUGGGGGCAGGCGUAUUCCGAGAGCGGCGCCGGGCUCUUUCGGGCCCACGACGGCCCUGACCGGCUGCAGGAAACCUCUGCCUGCCGAGGAAGCGCCGCAAAAACCGUUCCGCCCGGAGCGGAGAAGAGCUGCGGGCUGAAGCCAGGCCUCGCAGGGGGCAGCGGCCGGCUCCUCGCGUUCUGCCUCGUCCACUCGGCCCCCGGAGAGCGCGGGGGGCGCUGGGAGCCGCAGCCACGCAUGCGCCGCCUGCCACCGAGCGCCGCGGGGUCCGCGCGAGGCGUCCUCGCGGGCGAGGGCCUCGGGGAGGGGGGGCCGUGUGGUGGACUCUCGCGAGAGCGCGCGGCGCGGCAACUCGUCGCUGAGGGACUUUAG